AUGACUGUGGAGCUCCUGACAGUGAAGAGGCAAUUCCUGGGCUGCAGUGAGGGAACAUAUCGGGACAUUCUAAACUGGGACAAAUGGGGGUACAAUAAUCGAGUUUACCAGCUGUCUAAUAUUGAUGAGUUAUCCAAUUACAUUCAGACAUUUAUCAAUGAAACGUGGCUGGAGCGCACAGGCACGCCUCUGGAGAGUCACCUGAUCGCCCUGCUUUGGUCCAUCAUGGUGUCAGUGCACCCGCUGUGGGGCCUGAUCGGCGCCUUGAUCGCAGGACCGAUGGCAGUCCAAUUCGGAAGAAAGACAUCGCUGUUACUGAACAACCUGUUUGUCAUUCUCUCUGCGGUGUUGGUGUUGGCAAGCAGAGCUUGCCGCUCAUUUGAAAUGAUUAUACUGUCGCGAGUAUUUGCUGGAGUCAAUGCUGGUCUCAGCAUGAAUGUCCAGCCCAUGUACCUGGGAGAAAGCGCUCCGAAAAAACUGCAAGGAGCCGUUUCCAUGAGCUCUGCAUCCUUCACAGCUUUGGGGAUCGUUCUGGGACAGGUCAUCGGUCUCAGGGAGAUCCUAGGAAGUGAAUGGUGCUGGCCACUCCUGCUGGCUAGCAAUGCCAUCCCUGGCCUGGUCCAGCUGGUCACCCUGUCCUGGCUCCUAGAGAGCCCACGGUACCUCCUCAUUGACAAGAACAACAAGGAAGCCUGUCUGAAGGCGCUGAGGAGGCUGCGAGGCAGUCUGGACCUGAGCGCUGAGAUGGAUGAGAUGCUGGAGGAGCAGGCUGCUGUAAAAGGGGAGAGAUCCAAGAGGCCAUGGGAGCUGUUUCAGGACCGGUCUGUACGAUGGCAGCUGAUCACAGUGAUGGUGCUUAGCAGCGCCAUGCAGCUCUGUGGGAAUGAUUCUAUGUACUUCUAUGCAUCCUACGUGUUUCAGGAAGCAGGAAUUCCUUACGAUAAAAUUCAGUACGUUGUCAUUGGUACAGGGAGCUGUGAGCUCAUAACAUCUAUAACAUGUGUAAGUAAAUUGGCAUGUUUGACUUUGAUGCAUUCUGUUUUGUGUUUCAUGAUAAAAGGAGAAGAUCAGCCUUACAUGAGCAUGGGGUGUAUGUUUGCCUAUAUCCUCAGUUUUGGAAUUGGACCAGCCGGAGUUACUGGAAUUUUACCCACUGAGAUCUUCGACCAGAACAGCCGUCCUGCUGCGUACAUGAUCAGUGGCUCUCUCAUGUGGUCCAUGCUGUUUCUUGUUGGGAUGCUCUUCCCUUUUAUUGUGGGCGGACUGGGCGUGUUCUGUUACGUGCCAUUCUGCACGGUCUGCGUUCUGUCCUCCGUCUUCAUCGCGUUCUUCCUGCCUGAGACCAAGGGCAAGUCUUUACUGGAAAUCAGCGCAGAAUUCGACAAGCGCAACUCCAAAGGAAAGGAGCCGCGGAAGGCCCAGUAUCAGCUGAGCAAAGUCUGCAGAUCCACUGCGCUCUGUGUUGAACCCCUGAAAUCAGAAGGAAAUCAGGGCCACGCUGCUGGAACUGGUACCUUGAGUGCCAGAGUAAGUGCCAAUGCUGGAUGCAUCUACAAAACCAAUAACUGCAUAAUUUUGUACAGUACAUAUUGUAUUAGAACCUCAGUGGCUUUUGCUGUCGAUUCCAACAAAAACUUUUGAACUGAAACACAGUACAGUAUUUAUUAUUUAAUGAUCUAAACCCAAAUAUAUUAGGAGACUGAUGUUUCUCUGUUUCUGAAAGUGAUUUUGUUUUAUUUAUUCUUCCACAUCAAAUUAGUGCAAUUAUAGUGUAUAUCCUAUAUGUAUAAUGAACAAAUACCUCAGAAGUUUGUACUCUAGGGGUAUACAGUAUUCCAUGCUGGGAAAACACUAGGAACAAAUGCCUUGUGACCAAUAUGGGUACGCAAACAAUAAAACACACUCCUGAAAAACAGAAUGUAUUUCUGCUGCUGAACAUUUUUUAGGAAAUACCUGCAGCUGGUGUGUGUGUGUGUGUGUGUGUGUGUGUAUGUAUGUAUAUAUAUAUAUAUAUAUAUAUAUAUAUAUAU